UUCACCUAGACAGGAAUGACUUCAGCCGAGGACUUGGCCGGGUCAGCGUGCCGUUUUCGUUUCCCCCCUCAGUCCGCAUGGUCCUCGAUGGUUCAUUUCCUAAGGUUCUCAAGAUAAGAAGACCCCCGGUGGGGACCGUCCGAGUGCGGGGGUCGCGGUCAGGGCGCAAUCCCAAUAAUGCGCUUGACAAAUCCCGGUGUGCGGAAUAAUCUACUAUUCCUACGUACCUGGCUACCUACGGACUGUCUGUAUUGUUCGGAGUAUUCUAUGCCGUUCCUGAUUCCCAGCGAAAUGGCGUGCUUCCAUCAUCCUGGUCAGAUUAUCAGAAACAAGGCAGGCAACAGGGAAGACGAACCCCCCACUUAUUGGUAUAUGGCUCAUCCACGUAGCCGCGGUCAACUGUUUGCCUGGGUAAGUAUCGGGCGAUGCCCCUCGCCCGAUACCCGGUGGGGCCAACCGUUCGAUGAGCCGACACUUUCGCAAUACUCAACUAUGCCAGUCGUUCGUUAUACCCCAAAGCAGGUAGUAAUUCCCUCACAUUUACCCCAAAUACUCAUGAAUUCUAUGUACUGGGACAUAAGCCCUAAAUCUUGCCUUGCCAUGACAUUCAUUUCUCAGAAACAAAGCAUAGCGACUGGAAAAACACUACAACGCAAUACAAUCCCACCAGCCACCUCCAACUCCAAUGCAGCAUCAUGCCGCCUUUGCAAUGAGUGACCAGCAUGCACGUAACAUGCAGCUGAACUGCAGGCACGGCCUUCCAUAUUCGGAGAAAGCCCGCGAGUGUCACUAGGUCCUUUCCAGCCCCCGGGGGACCAAGCUGGCCUUGAUAUUACUAAGUACCCUGCAAGUACACGAGAACUCGAAACUCUGACAUACAUACAUACAUACUGAGGUGGAGUCAUCCUCGUCAUCUUUUCAUAUCUUG